AUGGAAACGCAGAUUCAGAAGCACAGCCUGAUAGACAAGUGCAAAUUAAAGAACAGCUGGAUAAAACAAGGGCUCGCCGAAUUUCUGGGGACAUUUGCAUUGAUUCUGUUUGGUUGUGGUUCAGUUGCCCAAGCAGUAUUGAGCAGAGGAGUAAGUGGCAACCUGCUGACUGUUUCCAUUGGCUUUCCAUUUGGAAUCACCAUAGCUGCUUAUGCUACCAUAGGAGUAUCAGGGGCACAUCUGAAUCCUGCUAUUUCCUUUUCUAUGUGUGUGCUGGGACGGCUUCAAUGGUUGAAACUGCCUGUCUACUGCCUUGCUCAGCUUGUAGGAGCCUUUGCUGGUUCAGCAGCAGUUUUUGGGCUUUAUUAUGAUGCAUUCAUGGCUUUUGAUGGUGGGAACUUGGCAAUAACUGGUGAAAAUGCAACAGCGCAGAUUUUCUCCUCUUAUCCAGCUCCACAUUUGUCUCUUGCAAAUGGCUUUGCAGACCAGAUCGUGGGCACUGCUGCUCUGCUCUUCGCUAUCCUUGCCAUUUUGGACUCCAAGAAUAAUGCAGUGCCCAAAGGUUUGGAGCCAGUGGUGAUUGGCCUGAUCAUCAUGGUUAUCAGUCUUUCAAUGGGCUUCAACUGUGGCUGUCCUAUCAACCCAGCUCGUGACCUUGGGCCGCGGCUCUUCACAGCUGUGGCUGGAUGGGGAUUUGAGGUUUUCAGUGUCAGCGAUGGGUGGUGGUGGGUUCCUGUCAUCGCACCAAUGAUCGGUGGAGUCCUUGGGACCGCCAUUUAUGUUCUGACAAUCGAGCUGCACCAUGAAGAGACAACUCCAAAGGAGAGCCACACUACCUCAGGACAGCAAGUGGAAGGGAAGGCAAAAUAUGAAAUGAUUUCAGUGCAGAGUAACAAAUAAUGUGGAACAUUGAGUGAAGAGCCAUUUGCUAGGGUUGGGAUCUGGGUCUGUGAGGAGAAUAUGAAUUAAUUUCAAAAAGAGCUUCAUUAUUCACCUGACAAAUGAGUUAUAGGAAUAUGAUUCUAAUGUUAUUGAUAGGGGACAGAGUCACCGAUCACAAAAGCUAUUAAAGAACCAAUCUAAUGUUGUGCAGUGAUACCUUGACAGGCUGUUUAACACCCAAAUAGAGAUGAGACAGAAUUGAGACCAGUUCAAUAUCACAUAUUCACAGAUUCUACUAUAUAGAAAGAGGCCAUUUGGCCCAUCAUGUCUGCACUGGCUCUCUGAGUAUUUUAA